AUGGUAGAUUGCAUUCUUGGUGUAUCCAAUCCCCGACAAUGGCAUUCUGAGAAUCUGACAUUGAACAACGAUCAUUAUUCCUCGUGGAUGGUGCUUCUUGGUGGGGCAAGACUGAUUACCGACGUUGCAGAUGAAAUAGGUGUGGGGGUGCACUUCAAUCCUUUUGUUAGUUGGAACGACAAGAUGUUCAAGUAUGGGGUUGUUUGCAUGCACGACUUGGUUCAGGACAUACUAAAUUGGGAGAGGUUCUAUUUGAGCGGCCGAUUACAAAAACCAGUUCAUGUACUUCUGGAUAAUUUGGAUAUCGCAAAUGUAAACUCGGUUAAUUUGAGGGCUGCAAUGUCUGCAGCUCUCCUUCUUUUGCCGUCCAAGUUCACUGAGAAAGAAUUGUAUGCCAAAAUAUGUAGCCUCUCGUAUAUGGGCGACUUGCGUAUGCUUUUUGCAGAGGACAGAAAUAAGCCAUUUAUUGAAGAGUAUGAGACCAAAGAGUUGUUGAGACGCUCUUUAUCUGGGAAUACUCAACCAAUCAUAUCUCAGGAUGGUGGUUUAUUAGCAGCUCGAUCUCUUGUUUCUUCUCUGCCCCAAAUGGUCAGAAGCCAAAUGGGGAUGAAGCUAGGAGAAAAGAAAGUACUGUGUGACUCUGGUCGAGUUAUUCAGGAAAUUGUGAUUGGCUCCAAAGACGAGGCUGCUAAAUGCAUGCAGACUAUUCUGCGGCGAAAGGUCAUGGUUUCGAGUGCAAGACAGGCUGUGUCUGGUCUCCUGGCUUUAAUGCCAUGA